AUGUUAUAAUUUAUAUCCAAAAGACCUUUCUGUGUUCAACUCAAAGACAUCAACACNAAAAGAAGAAGAAGGAUAGAUUAUUUAUUAAUAAAAAUCUCAUGAGUAUUCAGUAUGGUGCACACUUUUAGAUAAUACAAAUUAAGAUCUAUUUUAUAGUGGAAGUGAUGAUGCUUGUCUCAAUUAUUACGAUGCAAGAAUUGGAUUAUUGAGAAAGGACAGAAAGUAUUUAUAUUUAUACAACAACAAGAUCGCAUUCUUAAGGAAUAACUUACUUAUUAAACGAUGGAGAGCAUAACUUAAUUACAGGGUCUUUUGAUGGCUAUAUUCGAAUAUUUGAUAAAAGAUAACCCAAUUUUCCAACUGAAGAAUACAAAAGAGAAGGAGGAAUAUGGAGAAUUAUAAAAAGAGGAAAUCUAUAUUUGAAUGGACUAUUUUAAGAGCAUAAAUACGAGUUAAUUGAAAUUAACAACAAAUAAGGUAAUUAUCAUAAAUAUCAUAGUUUCAAUUCUUUAGGAAUUUAAAGAGCAUACUUCUCUUGCUUAUGCUAUGGAUUGGUAUAAUAAUCUAAUAGUGACUUCUUCAUUCUAUGAUAAGCAAUUAAGAUCAUAUACUAUUUGA